UCUUACUUGAAUUUACUGACUCGGAAAGCGCGCGACCGACAGCUCGGGUCAGCUCUGACAGACUGAACCCAUGGCGGAGAAUCAACACAUGAGACACAGGACAACAAAUCCCAUGCGUUUGGAUGAGCUCGGGCCACCGCGUCCGCAUCGCAUGCGAAAUUUUGUCCCUCCACGCAGAACUACAAGCACGCUAUUGCAAGCUCUAAUGCCAUAUGCUAUACAAGCAUCCUCGUUUACAUGUAUGCUCGCCAAGAAACAUAAAGGUGGAAGUGACAUCGUGUGCCUGCGUCGCUUCAGCAGGUGUGUGGGCCCCACUAGGUCAAGCCGCGCGGAGACUGCCAUCAUAGACCUAAGUGCCUAACAAUAACUACGGAACUGCCUCGGAUGCAUCGCACGCAGGCGCUUCGGAGCACGACGCCGAUGUGAUGGCAUAGUGAGAUUCAGCCUCGCCGCUGGCCAUUCUCCUUCACCGAGCUAGCAUGGACAGCCACGACCCACCUGGCCUCGAGCCUGAGCAUGAGGGUGGCGCCGAGGCGUCUCGGGGGCUCGCCAAGCGCGCAGCCGGCGCGGAGGCGCCUCUGGUUCCCGCCGCUGGCAUGACCCACGGGUCCCAGCCGGCACCCAGCCAGCACGUUCCGGAGCACCAGGAGCAGCAGUGUGAGCCGGCGGCAGCUGUCAGUGCGGCGGCGGCCCCUGAGGGCGGCGGUGGUGAUGGCAGCGGCCUGAGUGGUGGUGCGGCAGCCCUGGUCGUUGUCACGGAGGUGGUCACAACGGAGCUGGUGGCGGUCGUGAUGACUCAGCAGCCGCCGCCGCCACCGCAGCGGCAGCAGCGGCAGCAGCAGGAACAGCUGGAGCAGCCGCCCGACGGGCUCAGCGCAGCAGCGGCGGCAGAAGCAGUAGAAGCAGUAGCAGUCGCGGCAGCAGCAGAGGCCACCGGCUUCGGUGCUAGCGGUGCCCCCGCGGCUUUGCUGCAGCCCGCGGCACUGCUGGCGCCGACACAGGCCCUGCCGUUGCCCGAGCCGCUUGUGACGCCGCCACCGCAACAGCCACACCCGCAGUACCAGCAAUCUCAGGAACCUCAGACACAUCAGCCACCGGAGCCAGCAGCGCAGGGGCAGCCGGCUGAGGGUGCCGGCGGCAGGACUGCUACUGCCGGCGGCAGCGGCGGCAAUGGCGGCGGCAGUAGCAACGGCGCCGACGGUGGCAGCGGGAACAAGUCCGUGUUGUUCGUGCCCGCAACCGAGCCCCUACCUGGCAGCGGUGGAAGCCGCAGCGGCGGCGGCGGCGGCGCCGCUGGCGCCGCGCACAAGGCGUCAGGUGCCAGUGGCGGCGGCGGCGGUUCCGGCCGCGGGUCGGGUUCCGCCGGUGGCGGUGCUAACGGCAGUAGUGGAACCAUAUCGGCGUCCAUGGAUGCGGCUGCGGAGCGGCAGCACCUGCAGCUGCAGCUGCAACAGGGCCAGGCGCCAUCGCCUCUGGCGCCGCCGCCGCUGCUGCUGCCUCAACACGAAAGCGGCUGUAGCGUGGGCGAAGCCGGCGGCAACGCUGGAGCCGCCGGUGGGGCUGCUGGUGGGGCUGCUGGUGGGGCCGCUGGAGCCGCCGCCGGUGGGGCUGCUGGUGAAAGCGUCGGCGGUGACAUGCUGGGCACUGGCCCUGGCACUGGUGGUGGCGGCGGCGGUGGCGGCGGUGGCGCUGUGGGGGGCUUGAUGAUGAUUCUGCCGCCCACCCAGCGCAACGACGCAAUGCCACCGCCGCCGCUGCCGCUGCAUGUAUCGGCAGGAGCCGCAGGGGCGGCGCCGCUGCAGCAGGCGCAGCAGCAGCGGCUGGAGCGGCUGCAGCUGACGGCGGGCUCGCAGGCGGGGCCGCUGGGGCCGGGUGUGGGCCGGCCUGGCCGCAGAGAUGGGACCGGUAGUGGUAGUGGUAGUGGGACUGGUGGCGAGACCGGCACCAGUAGUGGCAGCGGCAGCGGCAGUCGCACUGCGGGUAACGGCAGCGGCAGUGGCAGCGGCAGCAAAGCUGGAGAUGGCGGUGCGAUACUCCUUGCUGGCACAGUGCCGCUGCAGCCGCCGCCGCCGCCGCAGCCGCUGCUGCCGGAGGCCGCACCGCUGGCCGCACCUGUGCCCGAAGCCGCACCUGGUGUGCCUGUGUCCGGUUCGCUGCCCAUCACCUUUUCCUUCGUCACCGACAGCCCCGUCCUGAAGCAGGCCGGCCCCGCCGCCCCAGAAGAGGCAGCUGUGCUGCCGGCGCCCGGCCAGCAGCCCACGCCGCCGCCGCCGCCGCAACCGCAGCUGCAGCCGCAGCAGCCACAGCUGCCGCCCCGGGCCGCGCCUCCUGCUGCGGGGGCUACGGCUGCAGCUGCGAACGGCGGCUCAUCGGGUGCGGCGGCAGCGCCGCCACCGCCGCCGCCACCACCGCCGCCGCCGCCGCCGCCACAGCCGCCGCCGCCGCCGCCACCGGGCAUCCUGCCGCCCAGCCAGGUGCCUGACGACGUCAGCCUGAGCCCGCUAGUUAGCCUCAGCCUGCAAGGCGGUGUGACGGAUGGGGCGCGACCCGCUGGCGGCAGCGGCGGCAGCGGCGACGGCGGAGGUCGUGGGGCAGGUCAGGCUGCACCACAGCAAGCACCGCCGCCGUCGGCGCCACCGUCGGUGCCGCCGCCGCCGGCUGCGGCUGCUGUUCAGCCGGUCAGUGCGGCGGCGCCGCUGCCGCCGACGCCGGAGACGCAGACGCAGACAGACGAGAUGCGCGCGGCGGCGCUGGCGGCGCCGCCCUUCCAGCAGCAACCUGUUACUGGCGGCGGCGUCAGGGGCGGCGGCGGCGCCGCCACUGGUGAUGGGAGUGAGGUGGAGCCGCCGACGCAGCUGCCGGAGGCGCUGGUGGCCGUGAUGGCGGCUGGCGGCUGGGGCGGUGGCUCGGGCUCGGCCGAGGAGGCUCCCAGUCUGGGGCGGGGCAUGCGGCAGCAGCAUUUAGCGCUGCAGCAGGGGCUGCAGCACGGCCAGGGUCAGACCCAGGCCCAGGGCCAGGGUCAAGCUCAGGACCAGGGCCAGGGUAGCGGCGUCGUCAGCUCCUCCCCUGACCUGGGCAUGUUCCUACAGCCGCCGCCACAGCCGCCACAGCCGCCGCUACAGCCGCCACCGCUGCUACAGCCGCUACAGCCGCCACAGCCGCUACAGCCGUCGCAGCUGCAUCUCACCGCGGCAGGCGGCGGCCCUGGCGGCCGCGCUGUACCACCAGGCCGUGGCGGCGGUGGCGGCGACGCGGACGUUGCGGAGGCGACCAUCAGCCCGCCGUCACUGGCAGACGGCAUGGCGCCGCCGCCGCCGCCGCCGCCGCCGCUGCCGUCACUGCUACCGCCGCCGACACAGCGUCCGGCAUCUGGGCUGCAGCACCGGCCGCCACGACCCCAGCAGAAGCAGAAGCAGCCGCAAGCCAGGGCGCGACCGGGCGCGACGGCAACGCCGGCGGCGGCGGCGGCGCUGACGGCGGUGGACGCAGCGCCCCUUUCUGUCUCUCCAGCGGCGGCGGCACCGCGUGCGGUACUGACCACAACUGCUGGCGGCGGCGGAAGUGGCGGCGUGGCAUUCGGCAUGGCGGCAGGGGUGGCGCGGAGGCGACAGCGCUCGCCCAUUUCGCCAGCGGCGUUCGGCGUUGUGGGCGGCGGCGGCGGCGCCGCAGCAGCCGCCGGCGGGCAGGAGCGCAGCGCGGCAGGUGCGAUUGGUGGUGCAGAGGCUGGGGGCGGCGGCGGGGGUAGUGACGUCGGGGGCAAGCGCCAGCGCCAGCGGCCGCCGGCACAACGCAGUCUGCACCAAGCUCUUGCGGCGGAAGCAGCAGUAGCAGCAGUAGCAGCGGCAGGUGGCGCAGGUGCGUUGGCUGGCUGGAGAGAUGCGGCGGGCGCCACGGCUCCCGCCCGGGGCGCUGCCGAGGCGGCGGCGGUGGAGGCGGAGGCCACAGCGGCGGCGCUGAGGCGGCGGGAAGGACUGGAGGUGGCGCCGGAGGAGGCACGGGCCUACCUCCGUGGCGGCGGCAGCAGUGGCGGUGGCAGGAUCACGUCAGCUGGCGACGGUGAUCGUGACAGUGAUGGUGCUGCCGGUGCGACACUUGCCCCUGGUGGCGCUGUUGACGCUGGCGGUGCCGCGUUGGCAGCAGGUGGAGGCAGUCCGCUGCGGCGGCGGCGCGCGGGGACCGCAGGCGCCGCCGCCGCCGCCGCGGCGGAACCAGUAGCCAAAGCCGACUUAGCUGCGCUGCACGAGCCAGGGGCCGCGCACCUCCAGCAGCAGCCGUCACCGCGCGCCGCCAGGGGCAGACCGCCGUCAUCGCCAGUGUCACCAGCAGGCUCGCUGGCGGCGGCGGCGGUCGCGAGAGGCCUUGCCGCGGCCAAGCAUGCCGCCGCCGCCGCCACCGCAGCUGCCGGUGCUGCGCAGAGGCACGGUGGGCCCGCCGUCCCUGCCGCCGCGCCUGCGGCCGCGCCGGCUACAGCCGCACGCAUUGCUGCUACAGCCGCAGCAGAGGCCGCGAUCGCCCAGCUACAGCCGCACCACCACCCACAGCUGCAGCCAGAGCCAGAGCCAGCAGCAGGCGAAGGCGGGCGCCAGCGCUCGCCCUCUCCACACAACGGCUGGGGCGGCGGCCAGCAGCGGCGUGUGGUGGUGCGCUGCACAACCACCUUUGACGCCGGCGCCGGCGGUGGACCGCCCACAGCCACCACCGUCGCCACGGCGGUGGACGAGCCGGAGCCCGAGCCCGAGCCGGAGGCUGGUCAGGGGGCUGGUCAGGGGGCUGGUCAGGGGGCUGGUCAGGGGGCUGGUCAGGGGGCUGAGCCCGAGCAACAGGAAGCGGUGGCGGCGGAGAUGGAGACCGGGGCUGGAGCCGAGGAGGGGGGGAUGCAGCAGGGAGGAGGGCUGCAGGCGGCCUGGAGGGGCAGUCCGAGCCAGGGCGCGGAGGACACAGAGAUGGUGCCGGCGACAGAGGACGGCGGCGAGGAGGCAGCAGCGGGGGCUUCGUUGGCGGCGGGCGGCAGUAGCAGCUUCCUGGGCAGGCGGCCCACACCACCGCGGCCGGACAUGGCAGUAGCAGGAGCGGCGCGGGGUGCGGCUGGGGCGGAAGGCCCGCGGGUUAUCAUCCGGACCAGCAUCACGCGACCAGCAGGUGGUGGCGGCGGUGGCGGCGGUGGCGGCGGCGGCGAUGGCCCAGGCGGCGGACCCGGCGGCGACCCGGGUGCCGACGGCGGUCUUUCGGGUGGUGGGUUUGGACUGCGUGGCGACAGCGGCGGCCCGAGUGGCGGCGGUGGUGGUGACUUUGACUUUGGGCUAGGUGGCGGCAUCUUUGACAACGGCGCCCUAGGUGGUGGCGCUGGUCGCAGCAGCGGUGGUGGCGACGGCGCCCGCCGCAGUAGCAGCGGCCGCCGGCUGCGGCCGCUGCAGCCGCUGCCGCUGGAGCAAGACCUCCUGCGCCAGCGCCACGGCGGCGGCGGUGGCGGCGGCGGCGGUGGCGGUUCGCAGCGGCGGCGGCUGCAGGAGCUGGCAGCAGAGCGGCCGCUGGUGCACCCGUGGGCGCCGUGGGGGCAGCCGCCAGCAGCACUCUGGGAUGGUGAAAAUGCCUAUGACAACCCACCCGCAGGGAUGACGACGGGUGCUGAUACACAACACCUGCUUUCGCCGGACAGGCCUUACGCCACGGCGGCGGCGCGGCUGGCGCCGGCGCCUGGAAUUGGUGGUGGCAGCGGCGGCAGCCCUUACCUUGUGGCUGCUGUGCCGCCGCCGGCUGAGCCGCUACCAGCGGCGGCUGUAGCAGUCGUGGCAUACCGCCUGCCGCCGCCACUGCUACAGCCACAGCAGCCGCAUGCGCAGCUACCAGCCCUUGCUGGUGGUGCUGGCGGCAGCGCUGGUGUGGCGGGUGCGGCAGCGAGCGCUUGGCCGGAGGCGUAUGCACCGGCAGGGCCUCCCUCGCCUUCGCCGUGGGGUCUGCGCAUGGAGACGGCACUGCUGCGAGACCUCAGCCGCGCGGCCUUGGCGGAGGCGGAGGCAGUGCUGACGGCAGUGGAGGAGCGCCGGCAGAGACAGCAGCAGCAGACGCAGCAGCAGCAGACGCAGCGGCAGACGCAGCGGCUGCAGUGGCCGCUCCCGCUCGUGCCGAUACGGCAGCUACACGCGCAUUCGCCGGCCCCGCAGCCGCCGCAGCCGGCUGAGGGGCCGCAGCCGCCGCAUGCGCCCCAGCCAGGGCUGCAGCAACCACAACAGCAGCCGCUUCCGCCGUCGGCGGCAGAACUGCAGAUGGUGUUGCAGCGGCAGCAGCAGCAGGGCGUGCCGCCGGAAGAGCUGAUAGGCGAAGGCAGGUGGCAGGUGUUCAUGUCGCCGGCCGCGCCUGCGCCCGCGCCUGCGCCCGCGCCUGCGCCUGAACCAGCCCUGAAUGCAGCAAUGACGACGCAGCAGCCAGCGUCCGCCCCCGGCGGCCACCAUCACCCCCUGCUGCCGACCCGUGCUCGCUCUGCCAUCGCGGCGUGGCAUGGCGGCGGUGCUGCUGUGGAGCCUUUCGCUGAUGUGUGGCAGUCGCUGUCACCGGGGCGCCUCCUGCCGCCACGCGCUCUGUCCGCUGUGGAGGCAGGACGUAUGGGAGGUGGCGGCGGCGGCGGCGGCGGCGGCGGCGGCGGCAGCGGCAGCGGCGAGUAUGCGGCGGCACAACCCGCCGCGGCGGCUGGGGGCCGGGCGACGCAACGAAGCCGGCAGCCGCAGCAGCCGCAGCAGCCGCAGCAGUGGGCGCUGCAGUGGGCGCAGUGGCAGCGGCAGCCUGUGGGAUGGGCGGAGGUGGGCAUGCAGGCGGAGGUGGAGGGGGAGAUGGCGGCGGCAGAGGCGUCAGAGGCGCAGGCCGAAGUGGAGGCGGAGCCAGACCAGGCACUGCAUGAAGGCGAGCGGCUGGCUGGGAUGCCGGUGCCAGCGCCGCAGCAGGGCCUGCGGGAUGGCGGCGCGCGACCGUUCCCCACCGGUCGUGCCCGCAUCGCGCCGCCGCCGCCGCCGCCGCCGCCGCCGCCGCCGCUGGUGUGUCGCUACAGCGGCGUUGCAAGCCUGCAGGCCGCUGGCGGCGGCUUCGGCGGCGCUGCGGCAGCAGCAGCAGCGGCUGGCGACAUGCUACAGCCGCAGCAGCUCUACGGCGCCGGACCUGCAGGCGCGACUGCUGCUGCAGCUGCUGCAGCUGCUGCUGGUGAUGUCGCGAUUGGGGAGAGGUCCGAGGGGGCAGCGGGAGAGUAUGGGUGGGAGGAAGAGCAGGAAGAGAGGCUUGGGCCGUACGGUGGCGGCGGUGUGUGGCAGGAUGCGCCAGUUCAGCAGCUGGAGCCGUACGAACAGCAGGAGCCGUACGAACAGCAGGAGCCGUACGAACAGCAGGAGCCGUACGAACAGCAGGAGCCGUACGAACAGCAGGAGCCGUACGAACAGCAGGAGCCGUACGAGCAACAGGAGCCGUACGGACAGCAGGGAUUGCGUGCGCGGCGGUGGAAUGAGCAGCGGUGGCUGCAGCAGCAGAAUGAAGGAGAUGCAGGCACAACCGAAGCAGGAUGGCAAGAGGCGCAGCAACUGCAGCAGCAGCAGCAGGAGGAGGAGGAGCAGCAGCAGCAGGAGCAGCAUGAGGAAGAGCAGCAGGAGGAGCAGCAGGAGGAGCAGGAGGAGCAGCAGCAGCAGGAGGAGGCUCGGCGGCUGCCGUUUCAGUCGCCGCGGCCGCUCACACCGCAGCGGGCACUGCGUCUGAUGCGGCUGCAGGCGGCGGCGGCCGCGCAGGCGCAGGAGGCACGUGUGCAGGCGGAUGCGGCGGUGACAGAAGGGGCGGUGGCGGCGCCGCAUGGACCCCGCGUCGACACAGGCGAAACAGGCGUGGGGGCCGAGCCGCAGGCCGGCGAGCCAGCGGCUGGUGUGCCCAUGUCUGGCCUCACCAUCACCAGCCUGCAAGAUGAUGGCACUGGUGGUGUCGGGGCGGGGGUUGCAGCGGGGACCUCUCGGCCAGCUGUGCGCGUCGCCACGGUCGCUGCCGCUGCCCUUGUCGAGGCGCCUGCCACGUCCGUGUCCGCUGGCGGCGGCGGCGGCGGCGGCAGUGGCGGCGGCGGCGGCGGCAGUGGCGGCGGCGGCGGCGGCAGUGGUGGCGGCGGCAGUGGCGGCGGCGGCAGUGGCGGCGGCAGUGGCGGAACAUGGCAGCAGGCCCAGGCGCAGGGGGUUGGGUUCGAGGCUGAGCAGGGCCAGCAGCAGCAGCCGGAGCCGCAGCUGCAGGCGGAGGUGAAUGCCGCCAAGGACGGCGGGCCGCACCUCCUGUCGGCGUCUGCUGCCGCCGCUGCCCGCUCGGUGGAUGAUGCAGGCGGCGCCAGGCUGGGCGUGUCAUCAAUUGGCUUUGAUGGCGGCAACGACGGCGGCUACGGAGGUAGCGGCAGCCCCUGCGGCUACGGCGACAGCGGCAGCGGCGGCGGCGGCUCUUUGGACGGCGGAUCACAGCAGCAGCAACUUUAUCCAGAUUCCCAGGAUCGUGCAGAUGAUGAUGUCGGACAAGAGGGCUUGUUCCUAGCGCCAGAGGCCUACGCCCGCGCCGCCGCCGCCGAGGCCGCCGCCGCCAGGGCCGGGGCGGAAGCCGCGGCGGCGGCGGCGGCGGCGACGGAGGCCUGUGCGGCGGCGGCGCUGCUGGCUGAUGCGGACCAGGAGGAGGCGGCCGGCGACGACGUGACGACGGCGGCGGUACGACAGAUGACGGCGUUUGCGGUGGAGCUGGAGGCGUUGGCUGCCAGGGCGCGGAGGGCGGGCGCCGCGGGUGCGGUGGCGGCGGAACAAAAGGCUCCGCGGCCGCUGACGCCGCUGACCAGCCGCAUGCGGCAGCGGCAGCAGCAGGUAGGUCAGCAGUCCCAGCAAACGGCAGUGCCGCCUCCGGCGGCACAGCCGCCGCCCGGUAAUGACGUGGUGAUUCAGGACUCGCCGGACCUGGUGCCGCCCGGCACUGGAGCCGCAGCCGCCGUGACAGCCACCGCCGCCGCCGCCGCCGCGACAACUGCCGCUGCCGCCGCGGCAGCAGGCAUGGAUGCAGCAGCUGCUGCUGGUGCGGCUACUGACGAUGCUGCGGAUGAAGCCGACGCGGGUGCUGCAGCGGGCAGGUGGUGGGAGGAUGAGCUGGGCGAGGCGGCGGCGGCGGUGGUGGACGCCCUGACCUGGUCUGAGCCGGAGGAGCAGCCGGAGGAGGAGGAAGGGGAGGAGGAGGAGGAGGAGGCCGAGGAGGAGGAGGAGGAUGAACCGGAGGAGGGGAACGCGGAACAGGAUGUGGAGGAAGGUAUGGUGGAGGAGAUGGAGGAGGCACAGCUGGGGGGUGUGGCGGGCGUGGCGGCCCCACAGACUGCAGCUGCACCAGCCGCAGCGCCAACCGGCUCCUACAGUGAGAUACCCGCCACUGACAGCGCCUCUGGCGACGACGACGGUGCGGCGGCGGCGGGCAGUGACAGCGUCGGCGUGAGAGGACUGCUGGGUGGCGGCAGUGGCGGCACCGGCGGCAGCGGCGGCUUCAUGGGCAGAGUGGCUGACCUGUUUGCCACGGGCUCACCCGCUGCUCGUUCAGCUGAGGCGGCCGCCGCCGCUGCGGCCGCCCAUGACCGCAAUGGUGGCGGCGGCGGCAGCAGGGCAGGCGCCGGCAGCCCUGGCGGCGGCAGCCCUGGCGGCGGCGGCGGCCGCCUGCGGUGGGUGGAGGGCGGCGGGCGGCUGCACGCCGUGGGUCUGGCGGCGGACCUGGCGGGUCUGGACACGGCGGCGGCGGCGGCGGCGGCGGCGGCGGCGGCUGCAGCUGGCGUGGACGCGGCGGCGGCAUUGGCUGCUGAGGAGCGUGUGGGUGACGGAGGUGGCGGGGCGUGCAGUGACGCGGACCUGCUGUUCGACCCAAACCAGGUGCGCAGCGGCGCGCAGCCGGCUGCCGCCAUGUCCCUGACUGCCCACACCCACGCCCACACGUACCACGCCCACACGCACGGCCCCCAAGCCGGUGGUGCCCAUUCGCAUUCGCCGCCGCCACCGCCACCACCGCCGCCGCCGGCUCGCGGACUGCAUUGGCAAACCGCGUUUCGCCGCAGCGCCUCCCUGGACGCGGCGGCAGCGACGGCAGCUCGCGCCGCAGACGCAGCAGCAGAAGAAGAAGGCGCCGAAGAGCCAGCCGGCGCCGCAGCUCGGCACCUGGCCCCCGACGCCGCCGCCCCGGUGACGCCUGCUGCGGCCACCGGGGCAGGCAGCAACGGUGCGGUUGAGGAUGGGGCUCAGGGGCGGAGGCAGCCGCGGCCGAAACAACAGCAGCAGCAGCAGCAGCAGCAGCGGCUGCAGCGGCGGCGGCGGAGGCGGCGCACUGCCGAUGAGUUGCUGCUGGAGGAGCAGGCGGAGCGGGAGGCGGAGGAGCGGCGGCAGCUGCAGCGCCAGCAGCAGGCGGAAUCCGAGGGCGAGGAGGAAGAGGAGGGGCAGGAAGAGGAGGGGCAGGAGGAGGAACCGUCUGAGGCAGGGCGGGGAGAAGGAGCCAACUGGGACGAGGUGGAGCGGGACCAUCGGCAGCAGCAUUGGCAGCGCCCGAGUGGCCGCGGCGGGGCAGUAGCGCGCAAGCGCCGGAGGCUCACUGCCUACACCGCCGCAUCGAUGCCACAUCUGCUACAACCAACGCCGGUGCAGGUGCAGGUGCCGCACACACCCGGCGCCGCUGGCACCGCUGCUGUGACCGCUGCCGCCGCGACGCCGGCAGGCGGCGGCGCCGCCGCUGCGGCUGCAGGGCCUCCGCCGGUUCCACGCCGUGCGCCUGCUGUGAGCUCCCCGUCUGCUGCCGCAGCUACAGCCACCGGCGGCGGUGGCGCCGCCGCCACUAUUGGCGGCGGCGCUCCCGCCACUACCGGCGCCACCACUGCUGGCACCAGCUACACGCAGCCGCGCUCCGGCUGGCGGCGCCUGGGCCGCAUGCUCACCGUCCCCACCUCACAACUGCUGCUCAGGCAACAGCAGCCGCAACCGCACCCACACCCGCGGCAGCUGACUGGUAGCCAGCAGCAGCAGCAGCUGGCUGGUAGCCAGCAGCAGCAGCAGCAGCAGCAGCAGCAGCAGCAGCAGCAGCCGCAGCACAGCCGGCAGCGGUAUGGUGAUGACGGGCAGCAGCAGGCGCACAGCUGCCAGCAGCAGGUGCGGCCAGCUCUGCCGAUGACACGCCACGCCACGCCCCACAGCCGCAAGCCUCCCGCAGCUGCCAGUGCCUGGGUGCCGGAGCAGGAGUUGUACGAGUGGCAGCAGCAGCAGCAGCAGGGGAAGGAGCGGCAAGAGCAGGAGGAGGUUGCUGAGGAGCACAGAUGGGAGCGGCUGCAGCAGCAGGCUGUGCAGGCGCCGGAGACGCCGGCCGUGGCGCCGGCUGCGGCUACAACCGCCGUUCUUUCUGCCACUGCUGCUGCUGCUGCUACUGCCGCUACUGCCGCAAGGCCGACGGUGCCGCUGACCGCAGCGAACCUGUUUGCACCCUCUACACCGGCGGCCGCCGGGGCGCCUCAGGCGGGGGCUGCUGAAGCGGCGGCGGGUAUGCGCGGGGCAACUCCUGCUGCAGCCAUUGGACCUACCGCUGCCACGCCCGGGCGCUCGCUGUUUCGCACACCGGCGGCUGAAGCAGCAGUAGCACCCGCGCAACAGACGCCGGCGGCAGUAGCAGGCCACGGCAGCGUCGGCGGCGCGGGCGCUAGCGGCGGCGGUGCGGCUGCUACAGCCACAGCUGCUACAGCCCGUCGGUCGCUGUUCAGCGGGUACAGAGCGCGCCGCGCCGCCGCCACGCCGGCAGCAGCGGCUGGCAGCAAGCGCCCCCUUCAAGAAGUAGAAGAAGCGCCGCCGGCAACGGCGGUGGCUGGGAAGCGCAGUCGGCUACUGCCGCCGCCGCAGGCGGCGGAGGCAGCGGUGGUGGUGGUAGCAUACAAGGCCAUGGCUGUCGUGAUGGGAGGGGUCGGAGGGGCUGGGGGCGGGCCGCCGCCGCCGCCGCCGCGGUUGGCGCCGCCGCGGUUGGCGCCGCCGCAGCCGCCAGUGCACCAGGAGCCAAAAAAUGGGCUGCCCCCGUCGCUGAGUGAGCGAGCGGCGGGGGCGGACACCAAAGCUACAGCCAGGUCCGCGGCUACAGCCGCGGAGGAGGACGAGGGGCGGCGCGGACCUAGCGGCGGCGGCGGUGGCGGCGGCGGAGGCCGUGGUGCAGGGACGGCACCGCCGCCGGGAGAGAGGGAUGAGGUGAUGACGCCAGCGGACGGCGGCGGUGUGGUUGCGACAGAAGCAAAUCCACUGGCGGCGGCGGAAACGGUGGCGGAAGCGGAAGCGGCGGCGGCGGCGGCCGCUGCGGCGCCCAUGGCGGAGCCCUCUGACAGCGAGAUGGCGACAUGGGAGGGCGGCGGCGGCGGCGUCAGCAGCGGUGACGGUGACGGCGGUGGCGGCGGCGAUAGCGAUUAUGAUGAUGACAGUGCGGAGUCGCCGCCGCUACGCACGUCGCCGCCGGCGCCGGCGCUACUCGCGGCCGCAGCCGCAGGGUCGCCGGGUGCUGGGCGCUGGGCGGCGGCGGCAGUGCCUUCAUUCCCAGUGGGGCCUCGUACCUCGCCGGGAGCUGCUGCGGCGGCGGUGCCUAUGCCGCGCGUGUCAGACCUGGUGCUCUGGCCGCAGGGUGAGGGGGGCGAGGAGGCGCAGGAGGAGGAGCAAGAGCAAGAGGAGCAGGAGCAAGAGCAAGAGCAGGAGGAGGAGGAGGGCUUCUCGGCAGCGGCACAAGCAGCAGGCGCAGCAGACGAGCAACGGCAGGGGCCUGGCCGUGCCAGUACGCGUGCGGCCAGAGCUGCGGCGCCCCUCGGCCUCGCCGCCGCCGGCAGCAGAAAGCAAAGGCCGCCAGCCGCAGCUCAUGCCGACACCACCUGCGGCGACCGCGGCAAGGAUGGCGGCGGCGGCAAUGGUGGCGCUGGCAGGAGGGUGCCGGUUUGUGCUACGGCGAGCCGCGUGUUUGUCACGGUGGCGCGGGAAGCAGGCGCAGCGGCCAUGCCAUUGGCAGGCGCUACGGACACACUCGGCGGGGAUGGCGGGGGCGCAGGUGCCGCUGUGGUUGUUGACAAUUGCCGGCGCCGGCAACAGGACCAGCAGCAGCGACAGCAGCGGGCAGCACCACCGAACCGCUUCGCCGCUGCCGCGGCUCUGUCGCCGUCGUCACACCGCCGGCGGGCUGCUGUCACGCCGCCGCCGCCGGUGCCGCUGCAGCGGACGCCUGCUGGCGCCGGUGGUGGCGCAUCCCCAGCAGCCGCCGCCACUGGCACCCCCGCUACUACGACUCCAGGGCCUGGUGGUGCUGGAGUGUCGGAGCCGCUUCUGCCGCGGCCGGCGCCGCUGGUGGGUAUCACCGCAGCAGAAGCAGGAGCAGCAGCAGCAGAAGCCGGCAAUGGGAGUACCGCUGCGGGAGGGACUCGGGGCAUUGGGACGGCGCUGGCGCUGCUGUCAGAAGCGGCAGCAGCGGCAGCGGCAGCAGCAGCAGCGUAUGGUGCGGCCGCAGGCACAGCCGCCACCGGUAUAGCCACAGCCACACAGCAGAUUGUAAAGACGGCGGCGGCGGUGUCGGCGGCACCGGCUGCAGGCGGUGGGGCAGCCGCGGGCCAAGCGGCCGCGGCGGCGGCGGCGGCGGCAACGGUUGCGGCGGCGGCGGUGGCGGCCGAGCACGUGGGGGUACGGCGGGCGACAGAGCCAGUGGCGGCCGCGGAAGCUGUCCAGCAGGUGGCUGCCGCUGUUGAAGCAACGGAGGCGGCGGCGGCGCAGGAGGCGGCUGGUGCUGCUGACGAGGACAGAGGCAACGAGGAGGAUGACGAUGACGGCAGCUGUCUGGAGCAGCUGCCUGGGCGGCCGUCCCCGCGCAGGAGCAGUAGCGCGCAGACGCAGCAGCGCUCAGCCCAGGGGCGGCAGCAGCAGCAGCAGCAGCAGGAGCAGCUGCAGCAGGAGCAGCUUCAGCAGCAGCAGGAGCAGCUGCAGCAGGAGCAGCAGGAGCAGCUGCAGCAGCAGCAGGAGCAGCUGCUGCAGGAGCAGGAGCAGCUGCAGGAGGAGCAGGAGCAGUUGCAGCAGCAGCAGGAGCAGUUGCAGCAGGAGGAGCAGGAGCAGUUGCAGCAGGAGGAGCAGGAGCAGUUGCAGCAGGAGGAGCAGGAGCAGUUGCAGCAGGAGCAGAUGCAAGGGCAUCCACCCCAAGGGCAAGCGCAAGAGCAGCAGCAUGAGCAGAUGCAAAGGCAUCCGCAGGAACAGCUGCACGGGCAGCAGCAAGAGCAGCUGCAAGCGCUCGCAGAGCCGCCGCCGGCGGACACGGCACUUGCUUUGGCAGCCGCAGCAGCGAUGGCUGCGGCAGCUGACGCAGGGCCGCCGGCAGCAGGUGGUGUGUGGCCUGACCCGUACGAACAGCCGUCACAGCAGCAAGAGGAGGAGGAGGAGGCGGGGGCAGCGCAGGCCGAUGGCGGCGACGAAGGAGCUGGCGGUGGCGGCGACGCAGCAGGGGCUGUGGGGCCGCUGUCCUCGCCCUCUGUGUCACUGCCUCUGCCGCCGGCUGCUGCGGCCGUGGGUGUGGGCCAACAGGGGGCAGAGGACCGGCAGGGUGCGGAGGAGGAAGAGGACAGGGGAGGGGAAAGGGAGGAGGAACGGGCAGAGACAGAAGAGGGAGAGAAGAGGCAGCGGCUACAGCAGCUUCCCCGCCGGCAGCUGCGACAGCCCGUGGCAACGGGCCGCAUCGGCGGCGGGGCUGGUGCGAGCCGUGGCGGCCGCGGCGGUGGCAGGCUAGGCAGGCCGUCGGCGGCGGCGGCGGCGGUUGGGCGUUUGACUCACAGCGCACGUGCUGGGCUGACGCUGCCAGUGGCCCGGGUGCGUAAGGCCAUGCGGCGCGGCCCCAUGCGCGGCAGUCGCAUCAGCGCAGGCGCCCCGGUGUACCUGACGGCCGCGCUGGAGUACCUCACGGCCGAGGUGCUGGAGCUGGCCGGCCACGUGGCGCACGACCUCCGCCGCGGCCGCAUCAGCCCCCGGCACAUCAGCCUGGCGGUCCGGACAGACCCCGAGCUGGAUCGCCUGUUUGCGGCGGUGGUGCUACCGGCCGCAGGUGUAGUGCCGCACAUCCAGCCGGAGCUGCUGGCGGCGGGAAGGCGAGGAGGCGCGGGCGGCGGCGGGAAGACGGGCAAGGAGGGGAAGGAGGCGACGGGCAAGUAGCGGAGCUAGCCCGAACGGAUUGAGGGAGACGCGGCGUUUGGGACGGCCGUGGGUGGUGGUGGUAGCGGCCAGCAAAAGCAGCAGCAGCAGCAGCAGCAGCAGCCGCAGCAGCAGCAGGCGAAGCAUGGGAAGAGGAAGUCAGCGGUCACGUUGACGCGAUUAGGAAUGUAGCUGCCGCAGUCGUCUGUAGUAUGGGUUAAUGCACGGCUACCUGGUCAGCCCCCCAGCGUGACGAUGGCGAGUGUAGCGUAGCGAGUAUGUAGGCGUGUGCGUGUGCACCCCCAUGCAGGAUGGUCAGUCCUCUCAAGUCUGAAGAGUGCAACCAGGUGGUUGUCCUGUUCGCUAGCUCGUGACAGUCGGAUAUGGAACAUAAGGACAUUGGCCAGAUAAAAGGUCCUGAUAAGGAUUGUUGUAACAGGUUCCAGGA